AUCCUUCUCCAGAUUUCUUCAGUGACAGGAGUCGCUCGCUCGUGAAUGUGGUCUCUCUUCCACGGAGUCUCUCGCAUCGAUGGCGUCUUUGUCGCCGCUGCCGAAUGGAACGGGCGAGGAGGAAAUCGGCAGGGCGGCGAUGGUCCAAGCGCAGCAGCCGAGGCGGAAGGGAAUCGGAACUAGGGUUUGGCUGAUCGUAUCCGAGUCCGGCCAGUCGCACGUCGAGGAGAUCGAGAAGCACUGCAUCAUGCGCAGGACCGGCCUCCCCGCGCGCGACCUCAGGGUGCUCGAUCCGGUGCUAUCGUAUCCGUCCUCGAUUCUUGGCCGAGAGCGGGCGAUCGUCGUAAACUUGGAGCACAUUAAGGCCAUAAUCACUGCCAAGGAGGUCUUGAUGAUCAAUACCAACAGUCCUUUGGUUUAUCAGUUCGUCCAAGACCUCCAGCACCGGGUUUCUAGCUCAAAUUGCGCGUCUCAACAGGAAGUUGAUGGCAAGACAUCGCCUGCUAGUGGGGUUCACAAGACAUUGCCAUUCGAAUUCAGGGCACUGGAAUCUUGUCUUGAAUCUGCUUGCCGGUGCCUUGAAUCAGAGACCAAGACUCUGGAGGAUGAGGCAUAUCCAGCUUUAGAUGAACUAACUUCCAAAAUUAGUACACUUAACCUUGACCGUGUUAGACAAAUAAAGAGUCGUCUAGUUGCCAUCUCUGGCCGAGUACAGAAGGUGAGAGAUGAGCUUGAACAUUUGCUGGAUGACGAUAAUGAUAUGACCGAGAUGUAUUUGACAGAAAAGCUUCUCGCUCGCUCACUCGAUAAUGCUUCAAUCUGAGAGGAAGUAGACAAUGCCGCUCCUGAAAUAGAUGAUAAAAGCACUGAAGAUUCUGAUAAAGAAGAUGAAUUAGAUUCUGUAGUUUUGACCAGCUGCAAGCCUAACAUCGAGGAGCUUGAGAUGCUUUUAGAAGCAUAUUUUGUCCAAAUUGAUGGCACACUGCAAAAACUGUCAGAUAUGAAUGAAGACGUGGAUGAUACCGAGGAUUGCAUCAAUAUAAUGUUGGAUGAUAAGCAGAAUCAGCUGCUGCAGAUGGGAGUGAUGCUCUCUACUGCAAACAUGAUCAUAAAUGCGGGCAUUGUGGUGGUCGGAUUGUUUGGCAUGAACAUACACAACGACAUCUUCAAUGCUCAUUACAUUAAAUUUUGGGAAACUACCAUCGGCACCAUUGGAGGUUGUGUUGCGGUCUAUCUGUUAGCUGUUGGGUGGGGUAUGAAAAGAAAGCUUUUGGCCUUAUAGAGCUCCCUCCUUCAAGCAGAAGCUUGCCACAUCUAAUCUUGCUAGAAUACUGUUUUGCACUUGGCAUUUGAUUGUUUCACUGUCGUCUGUAAAUGGCACUGACUGAAAAGGAAUGACCGAAGAAUGACCAUACGAGACUGCUUUCUUACAUGUUUUUAGAUUCUUCUGCAAGUAUUAGGGUUUGCUCUGA